CAGGUUUCUGAGUCAUGCCACAUGGUGGCCUAACUGUUAGAUUGUAGAUAAAUUGUAAUAAAAUACCAUAAAAGGCUCAAUAGGCUUCUUUGCUUUUCCACAGGUACCCAGAGCCAUUCACCGCCCACUUCCUGUCAGGCAGUGAUCCUGAGUUUCGUGUACUGCCACAAGCAGGAGAACUUCUUCCUGCAGGCACUGCAGGAACCCAUAUAACAGUAGGAUUCAAGCCAAGGAUGUACAGCAAGAAGCAUAAAGCAACGCUUGUGAUCCAGGCUCAAUCAAUGCAGUGGACAUAUGAAAUCAAUGGACUGCCUCCACAGAGUAUACCACCAACAAGUCCAGCAAAAGUAAUUUCUACUAGAAAUUACAUAAGAUCAGCCACAGUACGACAACGCAAUUUUUUACGUGAAAAUCUGAAACUUACAACCACUGCAGCAUCCUCACCAAUUAAGGGCUCACCUUUGGUCCUGAGAAAAAAAUAAAGAAAGUUAUGACCUGUAAUUUUUUUUGGUGGGGGAGGACACUUUUGUCAAAUAAAUUCUGCAGAUAAAAACAG